AUGCCCCGUGAUGGUUUCUGCCAGCCUGGCAGUCCAUUGGUCUGGCAGCUCUCUGGGGAAGAGAUUCUUGAGUCAGUCCAAGUCUGCUUCUCGCCUCCUCUUAGCCUCCUCCACUUCCCCCCUCGCUGCUGCCAAUUCCCCCCGUGUCUCUUCCAGCUGCCCGCCAAUCGCCCUCAUUCUCAUUUCCUUCGCCUCACUCACCCCGUGAGUCCCAGCCAUACCCACAAUGACAGAGAGCAACAGUCCACCCGAGAGCGAAGGCGGGCCACCCAGGAGCAACAGUCCAUGGCCAGUGCAGCUAUCCGAUGCAUGGCUAAUGGGGCGAUAUCAGUGCGUGGAGUGUGCCUGCAGCAUGGGAAAUGGCGACAGGAUCCAGGGAAAGGGGAGGGGCAGUGGCAGCAGCAGAGAGCGGAGGAGAAUAGCGGCCGGAGUGAACAAGCGGGUGGGGAACAGCAGGAGCAGCAGCCAGAGGAAGGAAGGCGGGGAGCGGCAGCGGUGGAGGAGGGAUGCAUUGAGUGCAUACAGAAGGAUGGCUCGGAAGGAACCAUAUCGACAUGGGGGUCACGUGAAUGGAGAUGGUGUGGGCUACUGAGUAGCAAGGGGGGGAAGAAUAGCGGUAGUAGCAAGGGGAAGGAAGGGAAUAGCAGCAGUAGCAGGGGGAAGAACGGGAAUAGCGGUAGUAGCUGA